AUGCGGUCUUCCUGUUCGGCUGUCGUGCGAGUCUUCGCGGGGCUACUCGUGCUCUGCGCCCUGUCCCAGUCGCUCGUGGUGACCAAGUUUCCCCACUUCCAGACCUUUGACUCGUGGGACGAGUGCAGCUAUGCCGGAACGUGUUACGAGAAGGAAUGCAUCAACCUGCCGGCGGGAUGGGCGAACGUGCCGAUCGAAGCCGUGGAGUUCUACAACCAGUCACGCAACUGGUGGAUCACCGAGGGCCAGACGUCGUCGAACGUCGACUGGGAGACCAGGAAUCCUCUCACGUGUAGCGAGCUGUUGACCGGUCCCUGCGGCGACCACACGAGCACCUCGGGCAAGUACGCCUAUAUCGAGGCGUCGGGGUGCUACGGUUCCGAGUUUGAGUUCUUCAGUCCCACCAUCAUGUACACGAACGAAAGCGCCACGGUGAGCUUCUACUACUUCAUGUACGGUGCGGACAUGGACGCCGCCGAGGGCAAGGCCACGCUCACGCUGUCGAUGAAGGCCCUCAACGCGUCUUCCCCGUCGUGGGUCGACGUGGUGACGUUCACCGGCCAGCAGCAGACCAGCCCCACCGAGGCUUGGCGAGUCCACGAGGCCAACGUCGACAGCCUCCUCCCGGCGACCGCCUCCACCAGCGCUCCGAUGGCUGUGCAGUACAGAUUCAGGGCUGCGACGGCUGGCACGAGGGGCUUGACCAAGGACUUCUUCAAGAGUGAUAUCGCGCUCGACGAUGUGCUCUUUACCCAGAGCGGUGCAUCCAAGGACACCACGCCUUACGUAGACCCCACGCCGACGCCCUCGCCUUCGCCAGCGAACGACGCUGCUCCUGGCGGCGGCGGCGGACUGGAGGACUGGGAGAUCGGCACCAUCGUGGGCAGCAUUCUGGGUGGCCUGUUGUUGCUUGCCCUUCUCCUGGCCGCGGCCGUGAUCAUCCUCCUGCUCAUCAUCAGCCCGAGGCGCAACAUGCAGAAGGUGCGCAGCGGCUCCACGAGCAGCUCGGGAGGCUCGGGCAGCUCCGACAACGAGGCGCCGGUCAACCCGAUCGCGCCUCCGCCCACGGAGCACUACAGGAACAGUGUGGUCAUGUAA